AUGGCGACUCUAACUCCAAUUUGUUCCCUAGCAACAAAAUCGAUUUUGAGUAACCAACAAAAACAACACAACCACCACGCCACUAAUCUCAAUUUCACAAACCGAAAUCAUAACUCAAGAAAUUCAAACACAAUAAUCCGAUUAGCCUCUACCUCCAACCAGAACCAGUCCUCUCCGGGAUUAUACUCCGCCAAGAUAUUCGACCUCACCGCUUCAAACGUCGACCUCGUUCUCGAAGAUGUUCGACCAUACCUCAUCUCUGACGGAGGAAACGUCGACGUUGUAUCCGUCGAAAACGGCGUCGUUUCUCUUAAGCUGCAAGGAGCUUGCGAAAGUUGUCCUAGCUCAACCACAACGAUGAAGAUGGGAAUUGAACGCGUUCUUAAGGAAAAAUUCGGAGAUUCCAUUAAAGAUAUCGUUCAGGUUUUCGAUGAUGAUCAAUCAAAGGAAACAACCGUUGAGGCGGUGAAUAAUCAUUUGGAGAUAUUGAGACCGGCGAUAAAGAAUUUUGGUGGUAGUGUGGAGGUGUUAUCGGUUGAAGGUGGUGAUUGUGUUGUGGAGUAUUUUGGACCUGAGUCAAUUGGAUCAGGAGUUAAAGCUGCAAUCAAGGAGAAGUUUCCAGAUAUUCUCAGUGUUACAUUCUCCACCUAG